UUGUGUUUAGUGAUGUGAUGCUUACACAGUAAUCAAUUCUCAACUUUGUGAAGAUUUCAGGAAUUAUCUGUAGUUUACAAAAAUGUUCGGCACAGACUUCGAAUACUACUGCGACUUCAACGACAGCAUUUGCAGCAAUGACUCCGGCUUCGAACGAUCCUACGCAGACCCCUUGAUGACACCCACUUCUGCCUGCACAACCCCCAUAAAACAUGACACAUCAGACGUAGGGGUUUCUCUAACACCUCUUAAAGAAAACAAUGUAAGAAGAAAACUAUUCAACGACGACUUAAGUUACCACUUACCUGAAAACGUUGAGGAUGUUAAAGAUUUUGAGGAAUUUCAACCGUUAAAGAACACAUCUACACCAGUGAAAUCAAAAGAAAAAAAAGCGAAAGACCCAAACAAACCAAAGAGGAAAUACGCGAAUGGUAAAAACAGAGUCACACGAUGCAAAAGCCCAACGCAGAUUCUACGAAUAAAAAGAAAUAGACGAAUGAAGGCCAACGAUAGGGAGAGAAACAGAAUGCACAUGUUAAACGAAGCUUUAGAUAGACUAAGAUGUGUAUUACCAACUUUCCCUGAAGACACAAAGCUAACGAAAAUUGAAACAUUACGUUUCGCACACAACUACAUUUUUGCUUUAAGUCAAACGCUUGAAUCCCUAGACAAUAUCAAUUCAGGACAAAUCCCACAUGGAGAUUUCAAUGCAAGCUAUGAAAAGUUACAAAGCUAUAAUUUAAUUGGUGAGAAAGUAAACAAAGAUGCUUUUAGAGAAAUAUUUUCUCCAAGCAAAACUGAUGAUAAUAGCGGCGAUGGUUAUAGAAGUUUUCAAGGAUUUAGCAAACCUUUUCCCAACGGAUCAAAUUUUCUACAAACAUCUGAAGGCGUGCUGAUAAACGUUGGUAAUGUUACAGUAUCAGUGAAUAAUAAAGGUGGAAACUGCAUAACUUCUACUACGGGAAGUGGAUUCUUCACUCAUCCUUCUAGCUAUGGAGACGAUAUGUUUCAACAAAAUUAUUAUAAUCAGCGACCUUAUUGUGCUACUAAUUACAAUGAAAGCUAUGAUGCUGGAGUACAAAAUGACUCCAAGGAAUAUUUUAAUCACAAAAAUUAUGAAAUUUUCAAAAAUGCUUUCGAUUCAGCUAAAAACAAGAAACAACCGAUCGCCAACGAAUACCCAGCUAAUUAUUCUAACUUUCCGAAUUAUAGCCAAAAUAAUAAUGAAAAGUAUAGUUACGGAAAUAAUGGGUAUUAUUCUAAUAGUAGUUUUUACUAUAACGACCAAAGAUAUGUAGGUAGAGACUUUUAUAGAUGCCCUAGUAUUGUGAAUGCUCAAAUUUAAUGUAAAGGUAAUAUUAUAGAGAUUUUAAUUAUAUUGUUGUAAAAAGACCUAGUCAUUUAUAUAGUAUGAAUAAAGAUAUUCCUAAGAUAUAUUAUAUUUAUAAGAUACUAUUUUGGGACAAU